AUGAACUACAAGUCCGAAUGUCCCAAAUCAAAGAAGGGUAGAUCCAAAGGAAGGAGAAAGGAAGAGAAGAAAGAUAGAAAAGCAUUCAAAGCAACUUGGGAUCAUUCUAGUGAAUCUGAAUCAUCUUCAAGCAAUGAAGAAGAAGAAAAGGCAAACUUUUGUUUGAUGGCCAAAGGAGAAAAGAACUCAUCUUCCACAGAUGAGAAGGUGUGCUUGAAGGCCAAAGGCACUUCAAGCCAAUGGUUCUUGGACAGCAGAUGUUCAAGGCAUAUGACUAGAGAUGCCACCUUAUUUUCGUCUCUUAAAGCUAAAAAGCAUGGGGGUAAUGUCACUUUUGGCGAUGGCUCAAAAGAGAAAAUUGUAGGCAUUGGAAAUGUGGAAAAUCCUUCUAAACUCAUGUUUGAAGAUGUCUUAUUUGUGAGUGGUUUAUCUUACAAGUUGCUUAGCAUAAGUCAAUUAAUUGACAAAGGUUACAUGGUUGCGUUUGAAGGUUCAGCAGGUGGCUCUAAGGGAAAGAAGAUAGCUGAAGAUUAA